UUCAAAUAAUGGGAUUUACGAAUUUCCCGUGGGAAAUGGACCACUGAUCGCCAACCCUAUCACCACUGCCGACAUUUACAGAGAAACAAGCUGCCUUCUAAUCAAAUCAAGCAAAGCCCCGGAAAACAACAAGAUCUAGAAUGAGCAAGAAUCUUGCACGGGCAAACGAAUGGCUUCGACAACUAGUAGAGGGUGAGCUCGGUCAUGAACUGGAAAACAUAACUCUUGCAAACCUUGAAACCCUCAAGGCUCAUGAGGGCUAUAUACUCUGCAGUUAUAUCAUACCAGUGAAGCUAGCUGAUAAAGAUGGAAAUUGGGAAGUUGGAUCCAUAGCAUCGAUAAUAGACACCGUGGGAGGGGUUGCCAUUUACUCUUUUUCUGGGCAUAUCAAGGCCUCCGUUGACUUCAGCAUUUCCUUCUAUUCCACCACCAAGGUUCAGGAAGAAGUAGAGAUAGAGGCAAAGGUUGCAGGGGAGAGGGGAACGCUUACAUCGGUGCUGGUGGAGGUGAGAAAGAAGGACAAUGGGCAACUAAUUGCUUUGGGUAAACAAUGGAUGACUUCAAACAAUCCAGGUUUUAGGAAAGUGAGUAAGCUUUGAGCUGUCGCCUUGUCCUUGAUCUAUUAUAUUGAUCACAACAUUUACAUCAAAUCAAUUGUACUAUUUUGGAUGUCUGCGGUUCAGUUUCGUUAUUGUUCUGCAUCAAGCAAGACAAGAGUAUCUAUUUUCAUCACGUAUUUUCCCAAGUACAGGGAAUGCAAGAACUGAUCUUUUUGGCAAA